AUGAAGUCAUUCUUGGGGACAGACUUCGAGGUUAAAGACCUCGGAUCAUUGAGAUACUUUCUUAGCAUCGAGGUGUGCAGAUCGAAGAAAGGGGUAUUCAUUUCUCAAUGGAAGUUUGUGUUAGAUUUGUUGGCUGAAACAGGUAGGCUUGGAGCUAAACCUAUUAAUAUUCACAUUGAGCAAAACUAUAGGCUUAAUGAUGUAGAUAGAGACCCAUUAGAUGAUGUGGGAAGAUUUCAAAGAUUGGUUAGGAGACUGAUUUACUUAUCUCUCACGUUCCCGGAUAUUGCCUACGCUAUUAGUAUGAUUAGUCGGUUUCUGCUUACUCCAUGUACACCUCACCUUGAGGCAGCUCAUCAUGUUCUUCGCCACCUCAAGGGUUCACCUGGUAAGGGGAUAUUGUUUGACAGUUAUGGUCACUUGCGUGUUAAAGCCUAUACUGAUGCUGAUUGGACACGGUCUGUGACAAAUCGACGAUCUACUUCAAGAUAUUGCACAUUUGCUGAAGCUUUUGUUUACGACAGAUUGUAUCAGAGCUUGUUUUUUCCUGGUCUAAUGGUAGAUGAUCGUGGUGAUGGCAAUCUUGCUGGCGGUGAAGAUCGACAGGGAGAGACUCUUUCGAGGGCCAAAUUUUAG